AAACAAAACAUUUCAGCAAAUCGACGGAGAGAGAUGAAUCUUCCAGUGGUAGCUUGCUUCGCGCCAAGAACUCCGAUGCUUCACACCGGCUUGAAUUAUAGAUUUUCCGACACGAACCGCAGUUCAACACUGGUUUCCACGGCAAGGAUACCAUCACGAAACUUGAAACCUCUCGCUGCUGUUUCGUCUGAUGCCGUACCCGACCCUGAAUCCAAUCUCAAACCGAAGAAGGAGGCUACGGAGAGCGAGAACUUUCCGACGAAGGUCCCGCGUAAACCGAAGCGAGGGCGACGGAGCGAAGCGGACGCCGUGGAGGAUUUCGUGAGAAGCUCCCUCGAGAAGACGUUCUCCACCAUACGAGAGCAGAAUCCAGAGGUUUUCGAGAACAAGGAGAAGGCGAGUUUCAUCAAGAACAGAGCCGAGCAAAGCGACGAAGACGAUGAUGAAAGCGAAGGAGAAGGAGAGAUGGUGGUGGAAGAGGAAGAUCCAGAUUGGCCUGUGGAUACGGAUGUUGGGUGGGGAAUCAAAGCUUCGGAGUACUUCGAUACGCAUCCCAUCAAGAACGUGGUGGGAGAAGACGGGACUGUGAUUGAUUGGGAAGGCGAGAUUGAUGAUAGUUGGGUUAAAGAGAUCAAUUGUUUGGAGUGGGAAAGCUUUGCUUUUCAUCCUAGCCCUCUCGUCGUCCUCGUAUUCGAACGGUACAAGAGGGCUAGUGAUAACUGGAAGACGUUGAAGGAGCUUGAGAAAGCCAUCAAGGUGUAUUGGGAUGCAAAAGAUCGAUUACCUCCACGGGCGGUUAAGAUUGACUUGAACAUCGAGACAGAUUUGGCUUAUGCUCUAAAAGCCAAGGAGUGUCCGCAGAUUCUGUUUUUACGGGGAAACCGGAUUGUGUACAGGGAGAAAGACUUUCGUACGGCGGAUGAAUUGGUUCAGAUGAUUGCGCAUUUCUACUAUAAAGCAAAGAGACCUUCGUGGAUAGACAAGGCUAACGUAACCCCGUACUGCUAGUUUGCAAUGUGAACGAGUAGAGUACUAAAAGGUCAGCGUAGGCAAAAGAUGUUUGAGACUUAGCAUAUGCUAUGUUCGGAAGAAGAGAUCAAGCAGGAGUUACUCGACCUAUUAUUUUGUUAGCUUAUGGAAAUAGCAGGUGUCUGGUGCAGAGGUAAAGUUUUGGUUUUUGUGAUAAAAAUCACAAGUUUUUUUGUUGAAUUGUGUUACCAAAGUCGUCUCUGGUACUCUAGAGGCUUAUAAGCUUGAACAUAUUUGUUUAUUGUUUGUUAUAUGCAAUUUAAAAUUCCCAAGUAAUGGGGUUUUUACUAUC